UUGAACCAAGAUGGCGGAGGACGAAGCGGGAGGCUCAAGUCUCGAUGAUUUUAAGAAAGCUUGCUUAGUCAGGAAUCAAAAUGAAAAAAAGCGAAGAGAUCGGUUUAACAACCUGGUGAAUGAACUAUCUGCUUCUCUGCCUAUGCGAGGGAAAAAACUAAGCAGAAACAACGUUCUGAAAUAUUGCAUAGAAUACUUCCGCCACACUCAGCAGCUUGCCACGACAUCAAGCAGCAACAGUCUUGAGAGGGUUUGUGGAAGUUGGCAACCGGAUUUUAUUACGAGCGAAGAAUUCCGUCAAACUAUGCUUGAUGGAUUAGAUGGUAUUGUAAUUGCGAUCGAUGAUUCAAGCAAAAUAUGUUUUGCUUCGAGUAGCGUGUUCCCCUGCCUUGGUUACGACUGUAAAACCCUUCAGAACAGCAGCAUUUUAGACUUGGUGCAUCCAGAGGAUCAAAGAACGAUUUAUGCUCUGCUUACAGCUUUUGACAAGGAUAAUACAAUCAGUAGACCAGCACAGAUGUUUUCCUGUCGCCUUCGUUUUGCUCCACGAAGCGCAGAGUUCAGAGGCGGGUUCGUACCCUUUAGUUGUAUUGGCAGGACUUUUAGAACUGAUCAAACAAGGGGGGAUCGCUUUAUUGUGUUUCUGGGGCGAGUUACAACUUUACCGAAAUUGAAUAAAACUGUUGUGCUAGCUGAUAAUGAACAUGUUUUGAAAUUCACAACGAGAUUGGAUAAAAUGUGGAGGUUUCAAUGUGUGGAAAGAGGUACGACCAUGGUUCUGGGUUACUAUCCUUUUGAGUUGCUUGGACAGUGUUUGUAUGAAUAUUGUCAUGAAGAUGAUUUGGCCAAUCUUACAGAGUACCACAAUAUGCUUCUUUAUUCAGGGGUAAUAACAACUUGUUGUUAUCGUCUUCUCGCCAAAGGACAAGUUUGGAUCUGGGUACGCAGUCGCUGCCAUGUGUCAUAUAGUCCACUGGACUCAAAACCAGAUUCUGUUAUUUGUGUCACUUGGCCCAUGAAAGGCACUGAAUUCAGUGCAUUAAACCAGCGGGAAAUCCUGGAGAGGGAUCGACAACUAUUCUCUCAAAUUCUUGAAAAGAGUGGUGAAAAACUGCUCAGCUCAAAUUUUUGUAGUGGCACUCAAAAAAAUGCAGUAACAGCUUCAUCACCACCUUCUUCUUCACCAUCUCUAAAUCCAAUUCUGAAUAAGAAUGAAAUUUUGGAACAGAGCCAUGCAGUUACAGCAUGUGAGGAACUUCCACUGGGAUUGUCAACAAUGCAAUCCAGUUUUUCCAUAACUUCAGACCAUGGCAUGAACUUGGCUGCACCCCAGAAUGUUGAUGCUGGCAUUUGGCCUGUUGGAGGUGUUGACAGUGCUGCAGUUGUCAUAUCAAAUGACAACCACUUUAACUCAAGCGACCCAUUAGUCUACUCAAUGGAAAAUGUUGAUGAAAAGAGCUUAUUGCUAGCAGAUCAUGAUCAAAUGCCAGAAUCUUUGUCAUUUUCACAAUGGGUGCUCCACUUACAUCUGAGAGACCAAUACAAGAGUCUUACAGACUCCAUAAGGCAGCAGUCUGAGCAAAUUGCUGUCAUACAAAGACAGCUGGCAAUUCAAAAGGAAUUAUCUACACUCAGUGAUGAACUAGAGGUUCAACAAAAACGGAAGACACUGAACCUCAAAAAUACAGUGGAUGAAAUCAAAUCUGUUAUUCAGCAAAAGAUGAAAGAACUGCAAGAAUGUACUCAAUUAUCCAGCAUUUAACAGAAUUCACCAUUAGUAUGCUUUGACCUUGUUCAUAUUUGAAUCCAUAUGUGGUUGAAGUAUUAUGCACAAAGUAAUGCUUCAUUUUGAUAAUUAAAUUUUAAUUAAAUUACAUUUAAAUCCAGUAUGGUUCCACAAAAAAAUCAUUCCAGCUGUCUUAUUGCAUGUUCAACAACUGAGCUGUUAAUACAUUUUGUCAAAUGUUGGUAAUUAACAUUUCAGGGGAUGAAAAUGUUGUGUUUCUGAGUUGUAAUUAUCUAGUUUGAAUGUUGUCUUACUUGUUUCUGUUACUCUAAGCUGGGGUUUUGGCCUUUUUGGUUUGCAAUAUUGUACUGUUGCCAAAUUGCAUUUCAGUUUGAAAGGCAGUAUCUCUCUUUAAAUUACUCAUUUUAAUCAUUUUGGUGCUAUUCAGAAUUUCUGUUGAAGUCCCAAAAGUGAUGACCAAAUUACAUAACCCACUGUAUUUCUCUGUCAGGAAAUGUUUUCUCUCAAAUAAGUUCCACAAAACCCACCACCCCUCCUCCCCUAAGUAUGAGCAUUCAUGCUAUUUAAGUCUAGCAGCCCAGAACAUCAUUGUAAACUGGCCAAUCAGUUUACUCAACCACACUUAAAGCACUCAACUGUCUGACAACUCUUUAUAUGACUGUGAUUAUAACUUCUGCCUAAGUUGCCAAACUGGAAGGUACUUCUACCAACAACAGCCCUUCUUAGACUUCAUGAUUGCUACUUUUGCUGUAAACAAAUGUAAGAUAUAUAUAUUUAAUGAGUGCAAAACUCAUUUGAUAUGAAAGCAUAAUCAUUAAUGGUUACAACACUUUUUGCAUAUUGGAUCAGAUAACAAUAAAGGAAAAAUAUUAAGACAUUUUUUUUCAUCGCAUUAAUCUUUAUUGUUAAGGUUAGAGCUGAAUCAUAUUACAGAAGAAAAUAGCUUUCCCUAAAAGUGUUCAAAAACGUUUUUUUUUCACUGAAAAUGUAUUUAUUGUCACAUAU